AUGCGCCUCACUUCUUUCUCGGUUCUCUCUAUCUUCGCCACAAGUAUCGCAGCCAGCGGCACCAGCAAGGAUGGCAAAUGCGGUGGCUACGACGGCCUGACGUGCAAGGGAAGUGGGUUUGGCGACUGCUGCUCUCAGUGGGUAUCUCUCUUCUCCACAGGUAUGGAUGGUGCGGCUCUACUAUACACCACUGCUCAAAUCGCUGUCAAUCAAAGUUUGGUGACUGCAAAGGAGACACUGCUUCACCUCCGUCACCUCCCUCGUCUUCCUCCGGCAAGGCAUCACCCAACGGCCGAUGCGGUGAUGCUCAUGGCGCGGGGGGAGGUUUUCAUUGCUUUUGGUCGCAGUGGGGAAACUGCUGUUCUCAGUAUGGAUACUGUGGGUCAGGAUCGGUGUACUGUGGUGUCAAAUGCCAGCCUGAGUUUGGCAAGUGCAACUAGAAAGCUGCGUCGUCGGCGAUAUCGCGUCCUCCAGCAUGCGCUCCAGGCUUCCAGCGACAUCCCUCAGGCCUCGGUACAUCCAAACAACAGCAGUGCUGCACAUCCUGCCAAAACACGCCAGCCUGUGUUGGUACAAAUCUUCGGACCAAUGCUACAUUGUUACGCGGAAUGGUGUAUCGCCAUCCGGUCAGUGGCCCAAUGGCGCGCAGUCAGUUGGUUUCUCACCAGGGAGAGCACCCUGGGGUCUAGGACCUUGUAG